CGUCAUAUUCUCGCAUGCGCAAUAGUGUUUUUACUUCGACGGUUGGACAAUCCUGUCGAAUCAAUCGCCAUAACAACGAAAAUCGAAGCAAGAGCAACAUCGAAUUCGCCUGGAAAUAAAAUUACUUGACUUUGUAUUUGACAUUCAACGAAAUUUUGACGCUUUUCGGAGCAAAAGAACAUUGACACAAAAUGUCUGGCAUCUUCAAUCUAUUCGGGGGGACAAAUGUGACCUCCAGGAAUCAACAAAAAAUUGGGUCCACGGAUGCACUGGGCAGAUUCUCGGUGAAGACGAAUGCCCUGGGGGCCGGUGGUGGGCCUCUGAAGCAGGGGAGCACUCCCAAGCCAAAGGGGCUAUCCAUUCGACCCAAAAGUGAGUUAAAUGUUUGCACUCCAUCCCAGAAGACAUUCACUCUGGCCAAGGGCAAGGUCAACACUCUUGAUUGUGCUAUGCGUCCUUCAACACCUCGCCAGAAGGAAGUAGUGUCGAAGCUUCAGAUUGUUCGUGAGAAACAAUUGAAAAGUCUCUCCCCAACAUCCAAAUCCCCUUACUUCAAUCUGACAAUUAAGCAGAAAGGAACUGACGAUCUUCUCUUCAGAAAGCCAGUGACACCGAAGAGUAGCGAGAAGACGAGAUUCGUCUACCCAGAGCCUGAGUGUUUCCCCAUCUAUACAGAUGACCACUUGGUACCCCCAUAUUCAUUGGACAGUGAUCUCGAGGCAUUGAAAAAAAUACGUAAGGCUAAAUGUGAAGUACAAAUCGUACCUGAAGGCUUCGACUCAGAUCCUGAAUUGCCACUAACACCACCAAUGUCACCAGUAUUAUCAUCGAAAUUUGAACUCCCUGAUGUGAGUCUUGAUUUGGAUCCACCAGAUAUACCAGUGUUCUCUGACAGCGAUGACGAUUGGUAGAUGCAACGACAGAUCAUCCAAGUAUUCAUCCUAAUUCAUCCUGCAACACCACCCAUCCAUCAUUCUACUAUUUCAUAUUAUUUUUGACAAUUUCUCAAACUAUUUUUUUCGAUCAACUUCAGAUGCUCGUCCCCUAUUAUUUAUUACAAUCAAUUUCUGAAAUUCUUAUGAUUUCUCUAUUAAAGUAAUUAAUCCUGACCGAAUUGACAAUAAGAGAUAUUAUAAUUAAGACGUAAUUUAUUGACCAUUAUUCCACGACAAAGAAAAUUGAUAUUAAAUUACAAAUAGUUCUCUCGAGUUUGAAGAGUGAAUUCUCUUGAAAAUAACAACGUUGCCCAAUUAUACAAUCAGGACAUUAUUUCAUGAUUGAGGUAAACAGACUAAAGAAUAUUAGUGCCAAUCUCUGAGGGAGUCUGAUUGAUACGAGAAGAAUAAUCGAUAAUUAAUAAGCGAGAGUAAUUUAAUAUUGCGUUUUCUUCUCUGGUCAGUAUUUCGUAAUAUAUUGCAUAGUGAUAAAAUGUUAUUAUUGAAAGUAGCUUAAGAUUUAAUAUUUAAAAAUAUGUUUUGUACUGAGAUUUGUGGACAUAAAUAAAGUGAUUCUUAUUUUCAUAAAG